UGGGUGUCGAGCCCUGGACGAGCUCACUCUCCUCCCGAGCAGCAGCAGCAGCAGCAGCUGACGGGAACGACCGAGCGCAGCCGAGCGCAGCCGAAGUGACGGAGACGAGUCCGCACGGAUCCGACACGAGAGACAAAACAGACGUGAACCCGGAGGAGAUUUCACACACAUACACAAAUCUCUCUCUCUAUAUUUAAAGAUAUUUAGGCGGGAUGUCGGCUCUGAGCAGCUGGGAGGUGUGCGUCAAAUACGCGCUCUUCAUCUUCAACUUCGUCUUCUGGUUGGCCGGCAGUGGAGUUCUGGCGGUGGGACUGUGGCUGCGGUUCGACUCCAGGACGGCGGGACUGUUCGAAGGAGAAGACUCGCCCACCGUCUUCUUCACGGGUGUGUACAUCCUGAUUGCGGCGGGCGCUCUGAUGAUGGUCGUGGGCUUCCUGGGAUGCUGCGGCGCCAUCAAAGAGUCGCCGUGCAUGCUGGGACUGUUCUUCCUCUUCCUGCUCGUCAUCUUCGCCGUGGAAGUGGCCGCUGGGACCUGGGGCCUGUCCAACAAAGACCGGGUGGUGGAGGACGUCACGGAGUUUUACAAACAGACGUACUCCAACUACAGACAGACCAAACAGGAAGCGCUGAAGGAAACUCUCCGCCUCAUCCACUUCGGACUGAACUGCUGCGGACCGACGGGAACGGUGAUCGACGUCGCCAAGGACACCUGUCCCGAGAAGGAAGGACUCCUCGUCACCACGAGCUGUCCGACCGCCAUCGACGAGGUGUUCAACACCAGGCUGCACAUCGUUGGAGGUGUCGGCAUCGGCAUUGGGAUCGUCAUGAUCUUCGGGAUGAUCUUCAGCAUGAUGCUCUGCUGCGCCAUCAAGAGAUCCAGAGACUUCGUCUGAACCGACCAAACCGCCGCUCCGUCUCUAACUCGCCUGUUGCUUUAGAGUUAAUGAGGGUUUAUUAAUAAUACGAUUAUUAAUAAUCAUAACAGUCCAUGUCUUAGUGGAUCCAUACAGGAUGAUCCACCUGUGACCGUAUGGAUCCUGUGGAACAAAACUUAAUUUCUUAGGAGGGAGAUUGUAUUUGUUUUCUUUUAUCUGCCAUCUAGUAAAAUAAAUUAAAAUCAUAAAAAGAAAGUUGAUCCAUCAACAGGAAAUAGACGUUUGAGACUGUGCUGCCCCCUGGUGGACAUCAAAGAUCCUUUUCGGACGUUUUUCCUCUGGUUCUGUUCAUGUUGGAGGGAGUGAGACGUCUGUCUGCAGCUGAGAUCGGAAUUUUACCGUGUGACUCAUGUUUUAUGUUUUAUGUUUGAAGCUUUGAUUUUUCUCGUUUUAAUAAAAGCCGAACUGUGGAGUUUUAUGACCAUGUUUUGAAGAAUGUAGUUUAAAUAUAUGAUAAGAUGCCAAAUAAAUGAUCUAAUGUGUUAAA